AUGCUUACAGGUAGCGAGGAUUAUAAGUCAACGAAACGGGAGCGAAAAGCUUUAGACGAUAACAGGUUACUAUUAAAAAAAAACAGCAUGUUCAGUUUCAUCAAUAGCUCAUCAAGGCGUAAAGACGUCGGAAAGAAAUAUAACAGCGUUGUCGAAGGGCUACAAGGGUUAUAUAAAGAAAAUAUACGCCCGCUUGAAGAUUACUACUUCUAUUCUGAGUUCUUUUCACCUCCAAUUGAUCCGUGCGAUUUUGAAGCUAAACCAAUGGUAUUAUUAGUCGGACAAUACUCAACUGGUAAAACUACCUUCAUCAGAUAUUUACUUGAAAGAGACUAUCCAGGAAUGAGAAUUGGGCCGGAACCUACUACUGAUAGUUUUGUUGCUGUCAUGAGUGGUGAUGGUGAUCGUAUUGUGCCUGGUAACGCUUUAGUGGCUGAUCCACGCAAACAAUUUCGUGGAUUAGGUCGCUACGGAACAUCAUUUCUCAGCCGAUUUGUCAGUGCUGAAAUGGAUAAUCCAGUUAUCUCCAGCCUAAGUAUUAUCGAUACACCUGGUAUAUUAUCUGGUGAAAAGCAACGCAAUGCUCGUGGCUAUGAUUUUGCUGCAGUUCUUGGUUGGUUUGCUGAACGUGUAGAUCGCAUUAUCUUGCUUUUCGAUGCUCACAAACUAGAUAUUUCAGACGAAUUUCAUCGUUGUAUUAAAGCGCUGGGUAAAAACGAUCACAAAAUCCGUAUCGUGUUAAAUAAAUCCGAUAUGGUCGAUUAUCAGCAACUAAUGCGAGUUUAUGGCGCUCUAAUGUGGUCUCUAGGUAAAGUCAUUAAUACACCUGAAGUAGCACGAGUCUAUAUCGGCAGCUUUUGGGAUCAACCACUACAACAUGAAGCUAAUCGCAAAUUGUUCGAAGCUGAACAAUUAGAUCUAUUUGAGGACAUUCAAAGCCUACCGCGUAAUACUGCUUUACGCAAGCUAAAUGACUUGAUUAAACGGGCCCGACUGGCGAAGAUACAUGCUUUCAUUUUAUGCGAGUUAAAAAAAAAGAUACCUACAGUUUUUGGCCGCCACCUUAAGAAAGAAGCCUUAUUAAAUAUGUUGCCUGAAGUCUAUAAAAUUGUUCAACAGGAGUAUAAUAUUCCGCCAGGUGAUUUUCCUGAUAUUAACGAGUAUAAGGAAAAAUUACGAGUUUUUGAUUGGUCUAAAAUACCAGCUAUGAAGGUUAAAGCUAUCGAAAACAUUAACAAUAUGCUACGGAAUGAAAUACCUAAAUUAAUGGAAAUUAUGCCAGGCGAUGAAGCACCCGAAUUUGAAAGAACUGUGCGCGGUGGUGCUUUCUCUGGCUUAGCAUACGGUCCCUUUAGAUCUUCAUUGGCAGGUGGUAACCAAGAUCGCUCAGCACGUUGGUCUUUAAUACAUGAUAAACUUAAGUACGAACCAAUAUUUGAAUCACUGCAGCCUGUUAACGGUCAAAUCAGUUCUGUGGCUGCUAAGGGUGAAAUGUUGAAAUCUAAAUUGCCUAACAAUGUGUUAGGCCGUAUCUGGGCCUUGGCGGAUAUCGAUCGUGAUGAUCAACUUGAUGUUGACGAAUUCACGUUAGUCAUGCAUUUAAUACAAGUAAAAUUAGAUGGGCAUGAUUUACCCGAUAAACUGCCAAUACAUAUGAUUCCGCCACAACAUCGCAAAGAUCCCAAACCAAAUCAAGAAGCUAGUAACGGCAUUGCUAAUUCUGAUAGCAACUAA